GAUUGUAAACAAAAGAAAUUACGGUCAAAUUUUGAAAAUUGUUCGAUAGCUUUUGUCAGGAUCUCUCCCUCUUCUUUCUUAUUUUGUUUUUACGGAUUGUGUGAUAAAAUUAGAAAGUCUAUUUUCUUCUUAAUCAUAAUGGCUUUUCUGAAACGAUUAGUCCAGCAAUCAAGUUUAAGAAUAACUUGGCCCACAAUGUCGGUGUUUCGAGUGCAGCAAUCUUUACGAUACAAGAGUAGUGGGUGUUCAAAACAUGGAGAGCUUUCUUUGGAAUUGGAUGGCUACACAAUACGUAAAGCUGUUAAGCAAGAUUGUCAAGCAAUUCAUAGACUCAUCCAAGAACUGGCGAAUUGUUUAGAGAUGCCCGACGCUCCCCAGAUUGAUGCUGAAGCUCUAGAAAUAGACGGGUUUGGGGGUCGUAGCUUUUAUGAAGGCUUCGUGGCAGAAUCCCACAAGUUCAAUCAAGUUGUGGGUUAUGCUGUAUAUUAUUUCACAUAUUCUACCUGGCAAGGUAAAUCACUCUACAUGGAAGACAUGUACAUCAGACCUGAAGACCGAAAAAAUCGAAUCGCUGUAUCGUUUUUCCAUCUUGUUUCUCGAGCAGCCUUAAUUGAGAACUGCACGAGGCUAAAUUUCUGUGUCCUGGAAAGCAAUCAGCCGGCUGCCAAACUGUUCCAAUCGUUGGGUGCUGUGGACUUAACGCUUAAAGAAGGUUGGCACUACUAUCGCAUUCCACGUCUUGGCAUCGAAGAACUUGCCAAACCCACCAUUAUUAGCACAUUUAAUUCUCAAAUUUAAAAUAAUAAUAAUUGUAACACCUCAAAAUCAAAAGCGUUUUGCGAAGCCAGAAAGAUCGUUAUUUUGUAUUUUUGUAUUAUAAACAAUUAAAAUUGCAGAGAAAAUGAAA